CAUUUCGGGUUUUUAGAUGGGUUGGGGCUGUUUGACAUUAUUUCCGGAUGAAGCAGUAAAAAACAGGACAGAUCUGUCCGGAAAAAGGCUAAAUUGGCAUCACUGCAACACUAUAUCACUAUUCUAUGCAUCUACAAAAAUGUCUGAAAAUAUAAAUGUUAAAUAUCACAGCACAGACAGGAAAAUCCGGACCAAGAAUGUCCAGGAUACAGAGACCAAGAUUACCCCGCGGAGCUCCAAGUACAAAAAGCAACAUAGGAAACCGGAUCAGCAAGCGUCUCUCAUGGACUUUGUCAUUAAGCCGAGACCAAAAACACAAAGGCAAACUAAAGCAAAUAAACUUCAAAAGGCGCAUUUAACCAUAACAAGGAGUAGCUACAUAGUAUACAAACCCAAGGGCAAAACCCGCGUUGAUCCCAAGAAGAAAAUCACCAGGUUGAAGAGGUCAGUACGGGUAUAUCGCACCUCAAAGAAGGCGGAAAGAGAAGCCGCAGAGCAAGAACUUAAAGUAGUUCCAGAAAUUGCUGUAGAUAUCGAUCCGAAAGCUAUUCCGGUGGAGCAACAAGUCCAAAACCUAUCACUUAGUGAAACCACUACACACAAAGAUGAUUCACAAUCAAAGACAGUGCAUUCUAUUCACUCACGGCGAUUUAGAAGCUAUUGUGACAACUGCACCCGCCCUCGCCUCAAGGAGUUGACCAUUCAGUUGCUAAAGGACCUGGAUCGCUUUCAAAAGCGCGCUUUUGCCAAAAACGAGAUUAAAGCGCGGGCACAUCCCCGCUUGGUUUUGGGUGUUCGAGAGGCUCUGGCUAGGUUAAGGAUAAACAAGGUAAAACUGUUGUUUCUGGCCACAGACUGCGAGAUCUGCCCCGGAGAAAGUGGUCUAGAUGAGACUAUAGAAGGCUUAAAAUUUCAAUGCCAGCAGCAACAAGUGCCCUAUUGUUUUUCUCUGCUGAGAAGGGAGCUUUCUUAUGCCCUCCAAAAGCGAGCACAGAUUUGUUGCGUGGCUAUCCUUGACUUCGACGGAGCAAACGCCAUCUACGCAGAUCUUCUUAAUGAAAUAGAGGACGCACGUGCGGAGUACAAACGCAGAACUGCGACGUGAGGGUUUAUUUGGUGACAAAGAUAGAAAUAAAAGUGCCAUGACGUGCUCGAAACAUCGAGAAAAAUA